AUGUUACUUAACAGUAACAGUCAAGUUACAGAGUUUAUUCUUGCAGGAUUUCCAUAUCUCCAUGGUUAUCAACCAGUUUUAUUCAUUGUAUUUCUGGUGAUCUACAUAAUCAUAUUAACAGGAAAUACUUUAAUUUUGAUUGGAGUUAUAGUAGAUCAGAGGUUACACAAACCCAUGUAUUUCUUUCUUUCCAACCUUGCUGUUUUAGACAUGGUAUUUACAACUUCGAUUAUCCCCAAAAUGUUAAUAUUGUUUAUUUUUAAUGCCAACACAAUUUCAUUCAGUGCAUGCUUUGCACAAAUGUGCAUCUCACAUUCCAUGGGACAGUUUGAGUGUUUCCUUCUUAUGGUAAUGGCAUAUGACCGCUAUGUAGCAAUAUGCAGUCCUCUUCAUUACAUGUCCAUUAUGAAUAAAAGAUUUAACAUCCUGUUGGCAAUAAUGAGUUUUGUGGUGGCAUGCUUAGCAAUCGUGUCAAUUUCUAUUUUUACUGCUCAGUUUCCUUUUAAUGGACCAAAUGUAAUUAAUCACUGCUUUUGUGAUCAUUUUUUUAUUUCCAGAUUAGCUUGUGGUGAUAUCACACCACUUACAAUUUGGGCAAUGUCAAUUAUUUUAAUUAUUGUUUUCAUACCAUUUUUACUUGUGGUACUCUCUUAUAUCAAUAUACUCAAUGCUAUACUAAAAAUUAGUUCAGCUGCUGGCCGGAAAAAGGCAUUUUCUACUUGCAGCUCCCAUCUAACAGUUGUCAUCAUUUAUUAUAUAUCAAUUGUUAGUAGCUUUUCAUCAUAUAAAAUAGACGUUGUUUCUGAUGAGUUUCAUGCUCUGGGUACCAUAUUUUUCUCUGUUGUCACUCCUGCACUUAAUCCAAUUAUUUAUACCCUAAGAAAUAAAGACGUUCGGGAAGCGAUUAAAAUGUUUGUAGAAUCAAAAAUUGUCACAAAGAUCUAA